CAUUCACAAGCACACACACAUGCUCAGUCAGCGUAAGUGACACAAGUGCUGGUUCCAUUCAGCGCUGAGUUGACUGACUUACUGCUAUCCAUUAGCCGGCAUGCCGCAGAGAAAAAGGAGUUUCACUUUUGGAGCCUAUGGAGGAGUGGAUAAGACAUUCUCCAAGGCCAGAAGCAUAUGGAAACAAGAUGGGAAUGACCCCCGAAUUUCUGCAACACUAGAGCCCCAGCUGUUCCAGCCUACACUCCCAUACACCACCUCACCAUUCCACAAGACUACAGGUUUAUUUGAAAUGAUUGAAAAGAUGCAGGGGAACAGGAUGGAUGAGCAGAGAUGCACCUUUCCUCCCCCACUCAAGACUGAGGAGGACUACAUUCCAUACCCAAGUGUCCAUGAGGUGUUGGGCAGAAAAAGCCCCUUUCCUCUCAUCCUCCUGCCACAGUUUGGGGGUUACUGGAUUGAAGGAAUGAACCAUGAGCUGAGUGACACAGUGGACACGGAACAGCUGCAGCCUCUGUCCCCAAACACCCGCACCAAGCUGGAAUGUAACACAACAGCUAUAAUCUACCGGAAGCACUUCCUGGGCAAGGAACACUUUAAUUACUAUUCAGUGGACAGUGCCCUUGGACAUCUGGUGUUCUCUCUAAAGUACGACGUGAUUGGUGACCAGGAACAUCUCCGUCUAAUGCUCAGGAACAAGAUGAAAACCUACCAUGAUGUGAUCCCCAUCUCCUGUCUGACAGAGUUUCCCAAUGUGGUCCAAAUGGCCAAGCUUGUCUGUGAAGAGGUCAACGUGGACCGCUUUUUUCCUGUCCUUUAUCCAAAAGCUUCAAGACUUAUUGUCACCUUCGACGAACAUGUGAUAAGCAACAAUUUCAAGUUUGGGGUUAUUUAUCAAAAGUUCGGACAGACUUCAGAGGAAGAGCUGUUUGGCAACAGUGAAGAGAGUCCUGCCUUUGUAGAAUUCCUGGAGUUUCUAGGAGAGAAGAUUGAGCUGCACAACUUUAAAGGUUUUCGUGGAGGGUUAGACGUGACUCACGGGCAGACUGGCACUGAAUCAGUCUACUGCAACUACCGCAACAAAGAGGUCAUGUUCCAUGUGUCCACAAAGCUGCCUUACACAGAGGGGGACACCCAGCAGUUGCAGAGAAAGCGUCACAUAGGGAACGACAUUGUGGCCAUCGUAUUCCAAGAGGAGAACACUCCCUUUGUACCGGACAUGAUCGCCUCCAACUUUCUCCACGCCUACGUUGUGGUCCAAGUGGUCAACCCCUGCUCUGACAAUGUUCUCUACAGGGUGUCAGUGACAGCACGAGAUGAUGUACCUUUCUUUGGCCCGGCCCUCCCAAACCCAGCUGUCUUUAAAAAAGGCCCUGCAUUCCAUGAAUUCCUUUUUACUAAGCUCAUCAAUGCAGAGUAUGCCUGCUACAAAGCUGAGAAAUUUGCCAAAUUAGAGGAACGAACGCGGUCAGCCUUGUUAGAGACCCUUUAUGAGGAGCUCCACUUGAACAGCCAGGCCAUGAUGGGUAUUGGAGGAGAGGACGACAAACUGGAAAAUGGGAGUGGAGGAGGAGGGGGAUUCUUUGAGUCCUUCAAGCGGGUGAUCCGCAGCAGGAGCCAGUCUAUGGAUGCCACGGGUCUUACUUUCAAGAAGCCGCACACAGUCUCCACUAGCCUCAGCAGCAGCUUUAACCACGACCCCGCAGAGAGCCCCAAAUUCCCAGGGAUAUCAUUGCUUGUCCCAGGCAAAAGUCCCAGUAAAUAUGGACGUCGAGGCAGUGCCAUAGGGAUAGGAACAGUAGAAGAGUCUUUGAUAAUCCCGGGGAAAAGCCCGACUAGGAAAAAGUCUGGUCCUUUCAGCUCCAGGAGAAGCAGUGCCAUUGGUAUUGAAAACAUUCAAGAAGUCCAGGAGAAGAGUAGAGAGAACUUGCCAAAUACCCAGAAGACCCCUGACAGUGGUCAUGUGUCUCAAGAUCCCAAAUCUGACAACUCGUCCAAUCAGAGCUCCCCUGAGGUGCUCACAACCACAAAGAACAGUUCUUAUCUCGGUGGCAGGGCCCCAUCCAUUCCUGAGGGUCAAGACCUCUCCCGCUCCUCCUCCAAUGCUAGCAGCUUCGCCAGUGUGGUGGAGGAGAAUGAGACAGAGGCCACAGAGGACUAUGACACCGGCAUGGAGAGUCUGUCAUCUGCUGGGACACCACACAAACGAGAUUCCUUCACCUACAACACCUGGAUGGAGGACAGCAUCAGCAGCACUAGUACCACCAGUCGUGGUAACUCCCCAGGACCUGGUAAACCAGAGCGAGGGAAGGGGACAGAUAUCCGUAUCAAACUGGAACGACCACAUGAUCAUCAGUCUUCAUCGAACUGUUAGCUCCAUCCACCUGGUUGUAUCCUGAAUCUCCAUCUUCAGCAUUCCCAUAAGUCACAAUCCCUCUGGGAGAUGAGACAAGUGCAGGCGUUUGCCAUGACCAAUGAUGAGAAGGAGGAAGAAGAGGAAGAUGAGAAAGAAGAGAAAAAGCAGGUGGAGCCUGGCCAGUCUGCUGCUCAGUGAGGGCCAGAGUGCAGCUUAUCCAGAAACCUGGAGGACACUGGAGAGGAUGACGCACAAAGAGGGGCCAGCUUUUGCACAGUGUUGUUUCCUUCCACUAUUUUCUUUGCCUGUGCACACAUCUGUUGCCUAGUUGUAUGUUUUUUGUUUUUUUUUACCACACCUAUUGUUUCAAAAGUGCAUAUUUUUAUCUACAGAUGUAUUUGUAAGAGAUACAACUUUGGUUUAGUUUGUCUAGUUGAAGCCCAGGUAUGCUGGCUAUUCAGGGUAAAGACAGUGCCAUUAAGCUCUUUGAAGAGAUUGUGAGAAAGACUUUUUUCUGGAACAAAGAAAAUAUAACUGGAGGUUUUACCAAAUCAAAGGUUUUGGCUCAAUAAAGAUCUCUAAUGUAUGAAUAAUACCAAAUAUUCAUUAAAGAUGGCUAUUUUCUGACAAAACAUCUAAUGUGAUAUAGAAAUGUUCUGUUGCAUGUAGUUAAAUGUGAUUAUUUUCUGGGUUAAAUCCAAAUAGACAGACUGUAUAGCUGCAGCAAAAGAAUUGGAUACUUUCCUUUUAUCACCCAAAUCCCCACAAGACAAGAUUACAAACCCAACACCACAGGUCACAGUGAAAAGAGCAAUGCAUUGUAGAUAACAAAAAAUGGCCUUAAAACUUAAACAUGCAAUUUCUUUGUCCCUGAGAUUUAUUUUACCUCAUUUUUUGACUCACAUGUUCUGCAGCCAAUAAUGGGAUUGCAAUAUUAGAUCAACUGUAAAACUAAUAUAUUCAGAAUCAUUUCUAAGCAUACUAGUUUCUUAAAAAAUUGUUGUGCAAUGCAGUUAUACAACCAGCACUGUCUGUAUAGUCUGAUAAUGUAUGGAUAUACCCAUCAAUGACUGAUUUAACUGCUUUGUCUGUAUUGUCUGUUGUUGAGGAGACCAGUCUCUUGUUUUUUCCUCUCUAAUGUAUGUUUUUAUUUAUUGAUUUGGUUCCUGUUAAAGUGGCAUUUAUGGUAUACAUCUGUUAUACUGUAUCUUUAUGGUGACUACAUUCAGCAUCCUGUCAUAUGAUUAUACUGUGUAUGCUUUGGGGUAAAUUAUAAUGUUGUCAUCUGUAAAGCUCUAUUUCAAGAAUCAGAUCUCUUCAGUGCAGUAAACAUGCAAUGCAAUUAUAAUAAAAUAGUGAAUAUUUAUUUGCUUUUAACGUGAGAAAAUAACUCAAUAUACAACUACUGAUUUUGUAAAUAGAUGUUUAGUUGGAGUACAUAAUGUAUAAUACUAGCCUUUGAUUUAAAAUGGGACACCUUGAAAUUACUGCCAAGCCAACGAUUUCUUGUUGUUUUAUUUUCCAUACCCUUAACAAUAUUAAUUUGAGAGGGUUUUGUAGAAGAAAAUUAUUUUAAAAGCUAUUCAGACUGUUCUGUAAAAGGGAAAAGUAGAUCCUGCUGAUCAUUUCAGUUGCCUUAUCAUCACAAAAUGAAGUAUAGUAUUGAAGAAUUGAUAGUAAAGCAAAUAGUUAAUAGCCAGCAGGAUUUACAAUGAAAUGAAUGUUUGGUUGUUGUUGUUGUUGUUUUUAUUGUAAAUAAAU